AAUCUCAUUGGGAAAAAUAAAUAACAAAUAAUAAAUAUGACCAGAAACGGAUUAAAACAGCAACUAUUCCUGCUGCUCGCAGUGUUGCUGCAUUGUGGAUCCACGCAGAAUAGCAGCUUGAGGAUAAAUACGCAUGUGAAGGAGAUUGAUGCAACGGCCAUUGCUCUGCCAUCUAUUCAGGGGCCCGGCAACAUUUGCAUACGCGAGGAGCCGUACGUGGAGCACAUCCAGAUUCCGGAGAUGCAGCCGGUGCGGGUGCGCACCUCCGGCUGGUGCAUGGAGAUCCCACCGCGCUGCUCCACAUAUAAGACGGAAAUGCGCGAAGUGAUGAAGGUUCAGAAAUUAAACAAGACGCGAACGGUUCGUUUCUGCUGCCAGGGCUACGAGGGUAACCUGUCCGACAGCCAGGCAACAUGCAAGCCCAUCUGCAGGGGCGGCUGUGGGCGUGGUAGCUGUGUGAUGCCCGAAAUCUGCAGCUGCGAGGAGGGCUACAUCGGCAAGCACUGCACGCAGCGCUGCGAUCACGAUCGCUGGGGCCUCGACUGCAAGAACCUCUGCCAGUGCCAGAACGGGGCGGCGUGCGACAACAAGUCUGGCAUUUGCCACUGCAUUGCUGGCUGGACAGGUCAAUUCUGCGAGCAGAAGUGUCCUCCCGGCACCCAUGGCAUUAUGUGCCGCAAGGCUUGUGAUUGCGAUGAGAAGCCCUGCCACCAUCAGACAGGAGCCUGCAUCGUGCAGGAGCAUCCGCUGGAGCUGAAUGUGAGCCACGUCAUCGUGGAGACAGUGAACUCCACGCUGGAGAAAAUGGGCAUCAUACCACGGCCAGCCACGCCCAGUCCCCUGCCAGAAGUCAUAGUGAUCAAGCAGUCUCCGUCGCUGAAUCCUGGCCAGCACACACCCAAGAUAAUUCUGCAUCAGUCGGGCAGUGAUCUUCUUGAGAAUCUGCACACGGCAGCAGCUGCUGGUGUGCCCGCGCCCGAGGUCAUUCACGUCAUCACCAACGGGGUGACGUCCCCACAGGAGCACUUGGCCGGCUUCAUCGCUGGCGAGGGGAACAGCAGCCAGAGUGCGAGCGACCAGCAGUCGGGCCUGGUGACCACUUUGAUUGUCAUCAUGCUGCUGCUGCUGAUUGCGAUAGCUGUUGGCUCUUUGUACGUCUACCGCCGCUACCACCACAAGGAGGCGAUCGUCUACAAUGCCAAUGGUACGGUGACUACACAGCCCUCCAAUCCGGAGGUGGUGCUCACCGAAGCUGUGGCCCUGGGCAAGAACUUUCACGAGCCGCUGCCCAUGCCGCCAGUUGUCACGGCAAAAACGGCCCAUACGAACGAUGCGCCUGCGGAAUUAUAUGACACGCCCAGCAAUAAUUCGUCGACUAAGACAGCGCCCUAUGCCUACGCUAGGAAAGAAUCUCUCUACUCCAUUGUCACGCCCAAGUCGCGGAAGGGCAGUCUGGACUCGCAUCUCUAUGACGAGAUACGCUAUCAUCAGCAGCAGCAGCAGCAUCAUCUUCAUCAUCUCCAUCAUCAUCAUCCGUCGAGCCAUGGUCAGCCACAGCACUUUCAGCAUGCCACAACUGCUGCGGCCUACUUGCCGGCCAACGAUCAUCAUCACAGCCACCAUCGACCGCAUCAUGUCAGCCACUUGAUAAUUCCGCCACAAAACUCCAACUUCCUGCAGGUGCCCGCAGCCAUCUCAGCCAAGAGGAUUGCUCACCUGUAGGGCCAAGACAAC